AUUGUGUGGGGGUUGCUUUUUUGAUAUUGAUUUGGUCGUAUGUACAUGUGUGUGUAUAGGUAGGUUGGAUAUACGUAGACCUAGAUGGGUGUUCGAAGAAGCAUCGUGUACUGUUGUGUUCCAUUGUAGCAAAUGUAGAUGGGUAAUGAGGUUUCGUAUUUCUCUUCCUCGCUCUCUCGCUGUGUGUCUCUCUACUCUACAACUCUACAUCCAGGUCUCUAUAUCACAUACAUACACACGCCGGUCUCUCUCCCCCGUCUCAACUCGUAAGCACACACGCACACACUCUAUCAACUCCAAUCGUGAGGUGAAACCAAGCGCUUCGGAUUGUGAAAGGCGCUCUUCGCAAAUGAAGAAGAAGAUUAAUUAGAAGAAGGGUGUUUCGUUAAAAAAAGGGCAUCGCACUCGGCCAGAGGCGAACGCCGCGGAAGAAGCUAUCGACGAGGAGGUGAUGCUGCUGCUGCUUGAUGUAGCAACACUCACUGGG